AUGUCGCCAACUACUGACGUUGAAAAAGAGGAAAUGGCGAAAGUACCCUACAUGCAGGCUAUUGGCUGUUUGUUAUUCGCUUCGCAGAUCACCCGUCCUGACAUAAGCUUCGCAGUAAAUUUAUUAAGCCGAUUCUCCUCAAACCCAGGUAAAGGCCGUUGGACUGCUGUUAAACGCGUCAUGAGGUACUUAAAGGGUACAAUAAACAGUGGGCUUGUAUUCAAUGCAGUUACAAGCGACAUUGUUGGAUUCUGCGAUGCAGAUUGGGGUAGCGACUUAGUCGCAAGACGAUCAACCACCGGCUACAUCUUCAAGCUACAAGGUGCUCCUAUUUCUUGGUCCACUCGUCGCCAGCGAACAGUAGCGUUAUCAUCAACUGAAGCCGAAUUUAUGGCCAUGACAGCAGCCAUCCAAGAGGCAACGUGGCUCCAGCGACUGCAAGAUGAAUUGACACCAGAAGCAUCAACCGUAAUGGACUUACAUUGUGACAACAAAAGUGCUAUUCAUGUCGCUUUAAACAAUACGUACUCGCCUCGAACAAAACACGUUGAUAUAAAGGGUAAAUUUAUUAGGCAGAAGAUAGAGAGCGGUAAAAUAAGAUUGUGCUACACACCAACAAACAACAUGUUAGCAGACAUCCUAACAAAAGGCGUACCUAAAGUCAAGCAUUUGAACAUAGCUAAAGCGAUAGGUCUGUCAAAUAUAAGUUGA